AUGUCGCUAGUGAAACAAGUUUCAAAAAUAAGUAAAAGUAUUCCCUGUAGAAAUAUUCACACCUCUUGCCAUUCUCUCGCACCGGUUCCUCUCACUUAUACCAGCUACUCGGCACCAGAACACGAUCGAAACUCUCCAUUAAUCAUUGUUCAUGGAUUAUUCGGUCAAAAACAAAACUGGAAUUCUGUGGGAAAGGCGUUGCAUAAAAAGCUGGAAGCUCCCGUAUACGCCGUUGAUGUUCGAAAUCAUGGAGCGUCACCACAUACAGAAACUAUGACAUACACAGAAAUGGCAGAAGAUUUGGUGGAAUUUAUUGAUAAAGUUAAAGAAGAGACAAAGAAAAAGCGGGUUAACCUGUUAGGACAUUCGAUGGGCGGAAAGAUUGUGAUGAGAAUGGCGAUUGAUUCGAAAUGGAGUGAUCGAAUCGAGAAGUUGAUUGUAGAAGAUGUGUCGCCGAAAGGUUAUUCUAGAAGACAUGUUGAGUUCCGUGAGUUGAUCAAAACGAUGCGAAAAGUUAAUCUUCGACGAACACGGAAAGAGAUUCUCACCGAUUUGGAAACUGCAAUUCCUGACCUUUCUAUGCGUCAAUUCAUUCUUACAAACCUUCAACCGUCGUCAAAAAAUAAGGAUGAAAUGGAAUGGAAAGUCAAUAUGAAUACUAUUGAUAGUCACGUUGAAGAAUUAUUGGGAUAUACUCUUCCCGUCGGCAGCUACCGUGGUCCAACUCUCUUCCUUCAUGGGGCCAAAUCAGGAUAUGUCCCGGAUAGUCAUAAACCAGAUAUCAAAUUUCUGUUCCCACAGGUCCAAUUCGAUGCGAUUCCUGAUGCUGGCCACUGGGUUCAUGCCGACAAACCACAACUCUUCAUCGAAUCUGUCUAUAAAUUUUUGAAAGUGUAG